AUGGGUAACUCAUCAGUCGAAAUCCUGAGUUUUCUGCUAGUGAUUUUUUCUAUUGUAUCCUUUAUCCUGUGCAGUACAACAGACUGUUGGAGGCAAGAUGCAAAGGAUCCCUACUCAUCUGUAGGCUUGAGUUCUCGAUGUCGGGGUCUCUGGAGCGAGUGUGUUUAUGAUAACAUGGCCAAUAUUUGGACCUGUGAUAUACCAGUCUCCUAUCUUAGUCACCAUCCAGUAUCUCUGGUGGUCACACGUGCCUUGAUGGUUAUAAAGGGUAUUCUCUCCAUUAUUGCAUCUCCUCUUCUGGUUCUUGGAAUGAAGUGUACAACAAUUAUUAAGAAUGACGACCAUCACAAAGUACAAUUCUCCAAGGCUGCGAUGAUACUGCUUCUGAUGGGAGGUAUUUCCGGGGCGAUUGCAGUGUUUUGGUUUGCAUUAGACACAGCUUUGAAAUACAGGACAGAGUUGAGUCUGGCAGUUCCAGGGAUCACGUAUGAACUUGGUUACUCCUACUGGUUUGCCGUGGCCUCGGCUACAUGUAUUUGUGGAUCAGCUUUUCUACUUGUUGGUUUAUACUGCAGAAUUCACGCCAGAGUGAUGGAAAAACCCAGCAGCUUUCAGCACCAAAGUAAUAAGAAUGCAAUGACCUAUCUGUGACUCGCAGCUGAUAAACUGGGCUAGCACCCAGAUGCAUGCCGAGCUUUGCAAAGCGAGAAAGUUGGCCAUUGUGUGGGAAUAGAAAUGACUGCUAAGAUAGGAAUUGGCACAGUUAUACCUGAAAUCCAAUGCCCACCGUUUCCUAACUGUCAGCUCAGGAGAAAAGAGACAUGUUUCAUGCCACUACCUGUGUUAUCUCAACAUUCUACAGGAUAUUUACUUGGUACCAUUUGUGAAUUUAAAAACCCUAAAGAAGUCUUAAUAAGUGAAGUAUAUCACUGAG